AUGCCUAUCAGCAAGCCCAUCUGGAACCUCAGUGCCAAAUGGGCGCGCCUGCACGAUGCAGAGCGCCUGCGCCGCUCGUCGCAGGUUCUCUCAGUCAUUGAAGAUACAGCGUACAUCUUCGGCGGUGAGGUGCAGCCUCGGCAGCCCGUCGAUAAUAAGAUCGAUGUACUGCCUCUUCGCGCAGGUACACAGUCCCUAUUAUCUUCAAGUAUUGCCCCGCUCACGAAGACUACCGUAGGUACAGAUGCCUCCAAACUCGACACCAAGUCCGCCAGCGAGGCGCCCUCGCCCCGUGUAGGCUCCGCCUCCGCCGUUCUCUCGGGUUGCAUGUAUCUCUUCUCCGGCCGCGGCGGCACCGACAUGGCUCCCGUAGAGGAAAAUGGCGCCGUCUGGUCCUUCGACCCAUCUUCCACCUCGUGGAAGCUGCUCAAACCCGCCGACGCCUCGAAACCCUACCCACUCGCGCGCUCCUAUCACUGCGCCACCUCCGACGGAAACAGAACCUUCUUCGUCCACGCCGGAUGUCCCGAAAAGGGUCGACUAUCCGACCUUUGGAGGUUCGACGUGAAGAAGAGGGAGUGGUCCAAGGGUGCUGAUGCGCCGGCGCCACAGAGGGGAGGCACGAGUAUCGCGUACAGCGGGGGCAAAAUUUACAGGAUGAACGGGUUCGACGGAACGACGGAGCAGGGUGGUAGCAUAGACAUCUACGACGUGGCUUCUGAUGCGUGGUCUGCCGAGACGUUUCAGGCAGAUGGGAAUGACGGGCCUGAGGCGCGCAGCGUGUGCGUUCUGCUUCCGGUGCGCAUAGCUCAGAAGGAGAAAUUGUUGACGCUGUUUGGAGAGAGGGACCCGAGUAGUCUGGGACAUGCCGGGGCGGGGAAGAUGCUGAGCGAUAUGUGGAUCUACGAUAUUGCGGAGAAGUGGUGGACGAAGCUGGAACCAUCUGGUAGCGAGCGAUUGCCGGACCCGCGAGGAUGGUUUGACGCUGAUGUCGUGAAGGCUGCGGAGGGGAACGAUAGUGUCGUGGUGCAUGGAGGGCUCAGUGAGAACAACGAGCGGCUUAAAGAUGUGUGGGUGCUGUCUUUCUAG